CGAGGAUUGUCUGUCGAGUAUUUCCGUCGGCCUCCGCUCUGCACAAGGCACCUCAUUCACUUGUGUGCCAGUUGUGUUUAGUGUUUUGUUGUCCCCAAUAGGUGCCAGCCGAAUAGUGAGAUGAGUGCAGCGAGUAUGUGUGCAGUGUGCAGAAAGCCAGCUGGCCAGCGCUGCUCUGUCUGCAAGGCCGUCAACUACUGCAGCAAGGAGCACCAGAAGCAGCACUGGAAGCUCCACAAGUCGGAAUGUUCCUGCUUCCAGGUGGUCUCCAGCGAGAAGCUGGGGCGAUAUAUGGUGGCAACCAGGAACAUAGCAGCUGGCGAAGUCGUGCUGAAAGAGACCCCACUGGUGUACGGCCCCAAGAUCUCCUGCUACCCCCAGUGCCUGGGCUGUCAUCGGCAGCUCAAGGGGACCUCACCAGACGAGGAGACCCCCAAGAGCUUCUACCACUGCAAGAAGUGUGACUGGCCACUAUGUGCUCCACGGUGUGAGAACAGUCUGACUCACAAGAAAGAGUGUGAACUCAUGGCGAAACAGAAACACAAAUCAGUCAUUGUUUACCAAGAACCACCCCAAAAAGAGGCUGCUUACUGUACAAUUCUACCCCUAAGAUGCUUACUUCUGGAGCCACAAAAAUUAAACGAGGUUCUAUCUUUAUCGUCCAACUUGGACAAGCGAAUAAACACUCCAUUGUACAAAGUAUUCAGGGUUAACAUAGUAGGGUUUUUGCAUAAGGCUUUAGGAUUGAAACAAUUCGACGAAGAGACCAUCUUGAAGGUCGCGGCUGUUCUUGACACAAAUGCUUUCGAGAUCAGAAGGAAAAUGGGGAACAUAAAAAUAAGAGGGUUGUACUGUAAAGCAGCCAUGAUGUCACACAACUGUCUACCCAACACCAAACAUGUUUUCGUCGGAGAUGACUACUCAAUAGUAGUAAUGGCAACUACUGAUAUAAAAAAAGGAGAAGUUAUCAGCGCAACGUACACUCAGUCACUGUGGAGCACUCAAGAGCGCAGACAACACUUACUCUCGUCAAAAUGUUUCGAGUGCGACUGUCUGCGAUGUGCUGACCCCACAGAGUUCGGCACUCACUUCAGCUGCAUCUUGUGCUCAAAGUGCAGAGGAUAUGUCAGUUGUCAGAAGCCUCUUCAUCAAAUGUCAGAUUGGAAAUGUCAAAAAUGUUCCCAUGUAAUUAAAUCUCGUCAGAUGACAUUUGGUAAUGACACUAUUAAAAGAGAGAUUGAAAAUACUGAAAAGACGAUUCCGACGUUGGAAUUACUUUUAAAUAAGUAUUUAAAAGAAGAUUCAGUACUCCACCCGACAAACUUUCACAUUGUGCAAGCAAAAUAUGCUCUUAUCCAACUCUACGGGAGUAAGCUCUCUGAGCUAUCCGAGAGUCAGCUGGAGCAUGCUGAGACGCUAUGCAAUGAACUCCUGGAGCUAGCAGAUAAACUGGACCCUGGUCUGACCAGAUUCCGCGGCUCGUUGCUGUACGAUCUACAAGCUAUCAAAGUCAUCAAGGUCAAAGCAGAGUUCGAGAAGGAUUUCAUUACAAAAGAAAAGGCACAGGAACUACUGGCGGAAGUGACUUCAAUUCUAGAAGAAGCGACCACUAUUUUGAAGAGUGAGCCGGACAUGGGAUAUUCCUUGCAAGCCAGACUGAAGGAGCUGAAUGAUCUCUGUACAUGACAAGAUUGUAAAGCAGUGAUGGUUACAAUUGUGUUGAACACCCGUCAUACAAUUGCUCAACAUUAUGUAAAAUGUGUAAUAUGUACAUUUAUAACAAUAAAUAAUUGAUCACUCGCAGAUAAAUUCCUCAUAUUGUAGAAUUACAUGUUUUAUAUGUUGUACAGAGAUACUGUAUCCAAAAUUAGAACAAUAAAAUAAACAAUUUAGAUCGUAAA